CAUCUCUCCAGCUUUGACCCAUCUCUCUCUCUCUCUCUCAGGGUACUCUGCUCAUCCCUGUUCCAUAGAUCGCUGUCUUGCAGAGGAGUACAAAAGCGCUGACACACUCGGAUUUGCUUUCUCCACGUUCUCACCUUUCCGUUUGCUUUAGCCUCCCCAAGGUAAAAUUGAAAAGAACAGGAAAUCCCAGCUCUUUCCCACUUAAACCAUUUCGUUUCUGGAGAAUCACUCUGCCUUGUCUGUUUUUAUCAACUUUGAUAUCUUCUUGUCGUCAACCUCGCGAGUUCUAAAUACCACUUUGCGAGCUUCAACUUCUUAAAUCUAUUGUGUACUUCUUUUUUAUUAUCUAAAAUUUCGAUCUGUGUUUUGCUUCCCUUGUCCUUGUCGUUAUUUGGUGUGUUUUUGGAUCUGGUAUGGAGCUCUAGGGUUUAUCGGAAUUUCCUUGCGUUUUGGAAAGUUGGGGGGUAUUUUCUAGAUUCCUCACCUUAUGCUUGUUUGGAAAGGGCACUCGGAUUCCUCUCAAAUGAUUCUUAUUUAAUGCCUCUUUGUCCUUAAAAACUUCCACUUUCUGCAUUUCCCAUCUGACUUCUCUCUCUUUGAACUCUCAGAGAGAGAGAGACAGACUCGGAGCCUCAAUGCGAAUGACCUUUCGCAAGACUGGUAUUCUGCUUGAAUUGUGCAGUUUGACUUUCUAGAACCAUGAAUCGACAAAUUGAAAUCCUGUCUCCGGCAUCCUAUCUGCAGAACUCUAACUGGUUGUUUCAGGAAAGCAAAGGAACCAAAUGGACGCCUGAAGAAAAUAAGCAGUUUGAGAAUGCUCUUGCUCUAUAUGACAAGGAUACCCCGGAUCGAUGGCUUAAGGUGGCAGCCAUGAUCCCUGGAAAGACUAUAGGCGAUGUGAAGAAACAGUACAAGAAAUUGGAAGAAGAUGUUAGUGACAUAGAGGCAGGGCUGAUUCCAAUUUCUGAUUAUGAAAAUAAUAGUAAUAAUUCUUUCACAUUGGAGUUGGUGAAUAAUCAAGGCGUUGCUGGUUUGAAACAAUUCUAUAGUGUUGUUGGCAAGAGGGGCACGCUGAUUCGGCCUUCCGAUCAGGAAAGGAAGAAAGGGGUGCCAUGGACAGAAGAGGAGCACAGGCAAUUUCUGAUGGGUCUUAAGAAGUAUGGUAAAGGUGACUGGAGAAAUAUUUCUCGAAAUUUUGUGACCACAAGGACCCCUACUCAGGUGGCUAGUCAUGCUCAAAAGUACUUUAUCAGGCAGCUUACAGGAGGCAAGGAUAAGAGGAGAUCUAGCAUCCAUGAUAUCACCACUGUCAAUGUUCCAGACACAAAACCUCCUUUGUUAGACGGUAGAAGACCUCCAUCACCAGAUCACCCUGUAAUGGUUAUGCAGCCACUGCAGCAUCCAAAAACGCCUGGCAUGGACAACAGACAGCAAUAUGACUGGAAACCGCCAUAUGAAGCUUCGCCCAUGCUUUUCAACCCCGCAAAUGGGAACAUUUUCGUGGCACCAUUCUGUGGGAUUUCUUCCUAUGGACCUAAGCUGCAGGAGCAAAAUUUGCUCGGAGGCACCGUUCCGGGAUCUCAGUUUGGACAUUACAAUACAAUGGUUCAUAUGCACCCGAUGCAGUAUCAGUGAAAUUGUGCCUUGAGUGGAAGUUCUGGAACUCCAACAAUAUUCUAGAUAAAAAGGAAAAAUAAAAAUAAAAGGAAGUAAGUUCUGAUGGUAUUGAAAUGGCAAACCUUAUUUAGGAUGCUUGAUUCAGCCAUCCAUACCACUCCCAAGUUUUAUGUGAAUAUGUUGAUGAGGACUUAGUCCUUAGUAAUUAGAAUCUACAAAGACAUCAGGACAUCAGUUAGUGCAAAUUGUGAUUGACAUUCACACUUGAAGGAAGUUAUCUAUGUGAAGCUUAGUUUUCAUAACUACGCUGUUCUGGUGGUUGUGUUGGGAUUUGCUGAUGGGAAGAAGUCAUUUGCUUGAGCUUGCAUGCUUUACAAAUCCUUGCUCAAUUAGAAGCCUUCCAUAAAAUGACCUGGGGGAUAGUGUCAAGUCUGCAUUGGUCAUGAGAUAAUUCUCUUUUGGGUGUCUUAGGCUAGAAGGCUUUGUUACAAACUUGUUGAUAUCAUUGGUGGUGAUUUGUCAAUAAGAUUUGAACAAUUUCCCUGAAGAUCUACUACUUCCUGUAUAUGAUCGUUGUGGCAGCUCCUUUCGUGCUUAGUAAAUUUCUUGGAUAUUAAAAACACAAACAAGCCUUGGAGCUAUGUUCUGUUUCUUCUUGGACAUCUAGAUCCUUGCAUGAUAACGACCUUUAUGCAAUAAAAUAACAAGUUGGAGGUUGUCUAAGUAUCAA